AUGUCCAAUAACCCGGGGCCCUCUCCAACGCAGUCGCACCCGAUCUCGCUGCCCGGUCAAUCGCGUCUACCCUCCGUCUCGGCUCAGCCGUCGUCGCUGCCGCCUGCGCUGCCUACGGCCCAGUCAUCGUCAUCCAUAGCUUCGGGACCGGCUCCAACACCGCUACGGGAUGCUCAUGGCCGCCUUCUAAAUCCACGCUCAUGCGUAACCUGCCGGAAGCGCAAGGUCAAAUGCGACAAACUGCACCCUUGCUCCAACUGCGCUCGCGCCCACAUUGAAUGUAUCUUUCCCACCCCAGGCAGAGCGCCCCGUAAACCUCGCAAAGUCAGCGACUCACGCGAUGCCGAACUACUCGAUAGACUGCGCCGUCUCGAAGGCGUUGUCAAAGGCCUCGGCGUAGAUAUUACGAAUCCUGAUUCGUUUCCCGAUCCACCGCCCGACUCUCACGUAGAAGCUGGCCCUUCUGACAGAGGCAUACCUGGGCUUGACGACGCGACAUUCCAUACAGCCCUUACAUGCCCAAACCCUCCCGACCCUACACAUAGUAACAAACACGGCAACGAAGAUGAGCAAUGGGCAGCAAAAAACCAAUACGUAGACGAGUCUCGCAGUGCCAAGUUCGAAACCAGAUUUGGCCGCCUGGUCAUCAACGAAGGUCGGUCGAGAUAUGUAAACAACUCCUUCUGGGCCAACCUCAGCAACGAAGUUGAGGAUCUGAAAGGUAUAAUGAAUCGUGACACUGACGACGAGGCCGACGACCCUUCUCCAGUCCAGUCCCAGCCCGAUCAGCAUCAUGGCUGGAUCUUUAGUUUCAGCUCGCAAAAUGUCGAUCUCUUAUCUCUGCAUCCUAUUGCUGGCCAGAUCGAAGCAUACUGGAAUGUCUACAAGGAGCGCGUGGACCCUCUUGUCAAAGUCCUUCACAUACCUACCAUCGAGCCUACCGUUUUGGCAUCUGCUUCCCACCUCGCCAAUCUGUCCAAAAGUUUCGAGGCCCUGCUCUUUGCAAUAUACUAUGGCGCUACCACCAGUCUUUCCGAAGACGAUUGCCUCAACAAGUUGGGUGAGGAGAAGGGCCUUCUUCUGUCACGCUAUCGAUUUGGUGUUGAGCAAGCUCUUGCAAGGGCCAACUUCCUUACCACAGAGGAGAUGAUGGUGGUACAAGCAAUCGUGAUUUUCUUGAUAUGUUUGCGCAGAAACAACGAUGCCCGCGUCAUCUGGACACUGACUGGUCUUGUCGUCCGAAUCGCUCAGACUCUUGGUGUGCAUCGAGAUGGCCUACAUUUCAAUCUCCCUCCAUUCGAAAUUGAAAUGCGAAGGCGUCUAUGGUGGCAGAUAUGUAUCCUAGAUGUACGCGCUUCUGAGGAUCAUGGAAGCGAUCCCACUAUCACCUUCGACACCAAGAUGCCACUCAACAUCAACGAUGAAGAUCUGUAUCCUGCUAUGACCAAGCUGCCUGACGAGCGGCAAGGCUGUACAGACAUGUCGUUCUGCCUCAUCCGAUUCGAAGUCGCUAACACAUUCCGCCGCCUAAACUACAUCCCUCCUGGUGAACCGAGACAAUGCGGCGACUUCUUUGCGUCAGUCACACUUGAGGAUAAGGAGCGAUGGAUCAACGAAUGCCACAAGAGGCUCGAAGAACGAUAUCUCCGACACGUGGAUAUGUCGGUUCCACUGUACUGGGUCACCGCCACGGUGGCUCGCCUGAUGAUGAGCAAGAUGUGGCUGAUGAUACAAAAUGGCGGCAAAAGUCUCUCCGAAGAAACUAGAGAGAAGCUGUUCAUCACAAGUCUCGAGAAUAUCGAGUAUUCACUACUCAUGGAGACCGAGUCUCGUACUGAAAAGUGGAGUUGGCUCUUCAAGACGUACAUGCAAUGGCACGCCUUAGCUUUUCUGCUUGGCGAACUCUGCCAUCGUACGAGUGGUGACCUUGUUAAUCGAGCAUGGUCCUCGGUCGAGAAAUGUAUACAGGCCAGCUGGAAAGAAGCAGCUCCCAAGGAAGAAUCACGCAGCGGCCACUUAUGGAGACCACUAAUGAAACUUCUGGCCAAGGCUCGAAUGGCGAGACUGCAAGCCAUUAGGAAAGACGAAGCGAUCAAGCAAGCGACACCGCCAGGAAUGUCUCCAGUGCUGCCUCAACCACGCAUGGUCAGAGCACCGCUGAGUGCAGCACAGCUGUCUCGCUUCAUGCGCCCUGCUGCAUACGGCACCCAACCACUAGACUCGACAGAACUCAUGAACUCGCCAAAAAGCAUAGGAGCCGUGGUCCUCGGUGACGAUCCAAUGGAUAUCUCACUAUUGGCACCAGAAACAACAAAAAGCAUAGAUCAAACCACAAUUCCCAUGCAAGUAUCUGCAAACAACUCUUCGCAACGCGGCUAUGGCUCUUUUAAUGGUGCGCCGUACCAAGGACCUUCUCCUCAAGCAACAGCGACGAAUAAUUUGCAAGCGGCAAACCAACAAACACCCAACGGCGAUGUCAACAUGAACUUGAACAACAACAAUAACACGACACCGCCGGGAUUCUCGCCGUUUGACCCUGCGGCAGACAUCGAUUGGCAAAACUGGGAUCAGCUGGUGCGUCAAUUUGGGCUCGAGGACAAUGCUGCAGUUGUGGAUCCCACAGCCGGCCAAUCUGUAAAUUGGUCUGGUAGUUGGGGACGAGCCCAAAUGCUCAUUUGA